CUUCCUUCUCCGACAACUCCCCCCUGCCUAGCCGUCCAAGAUGUGGAUGGAGAACCUGCUGAAGCCGCAGGAAAAGCCUGUGCUGGGGCAGAAUCUGCGGCGGCGCUCUGGCGGCGAGGGCUCGGCGCCACCCCCGCCCGAGGAACAGGCGGACAACGCGGCCGAGCAGCAGGCCCCCCCGCCCCCCGCGAAGCAGAAGACACAGCUAUUCGACUACCGCUACGACGACACGGACACGCUCAUGAACGAGAUCGACGAGUUCUACCCGUACACCGAGAUGGCGCAUGUCGCCGAGAACGUGAACCGCUUCGCGGGGAGUUUUGAUGGAGACUGGACGAGUGCGAGCCUCGCGAAGCGCAGGGCAUAUGUCGAGACGCAGCUCGAGUACCUCGAAAGUCCAGUGGACGAGAAGCGCCGCGCUGCGCAAGGACGCCUGCUCUACCUCCUCCAAGGCUGCUUCGCUGAGACCAACUCGGCCGAGAUGCAGCUGCACUGGAUCAUCGAGAAUACCAAGCUCAUCCGGAGCGUCGAUGGCGUGUCGACGCUAGUCUACAGCCUCCGCGACGCCGCGAGGCGGUAUGAUGCCGCAGACGUGAUGGACCGCGCGCCGGCUGCCGCGCAGAUGCGCGAGAGAUCGGGGUCGUCCAAUCUCGCCCCAGUCGACCCGUUUGACACCCACUCGUCGGAACUCAUGGACGUCCUAGCCAUGCUGUACUUCAUCGUCGAGGUGUCCCGCAGCGACGAGACGUUUGGCGAUGAACUCAUGGCAUUGAAUCCCCCUUUCCCCCUCAUGCUCGUCAACAUGGUCGCGAACCUCAAGGACCGCAUGGUCCCGCGAGGAUAUCCUGUUAAGAAAGUGCUGUUGCUAUUGUGGAAGACACUCCUGGCCUGUCUGGGCGGCAUGCGCGAGGCGGCCAAGGCGAAAGCGCUGUCGCGUGAGCUCGCUGGUCUGGGGCCGGAACAGAAGGACUUUGCCAAGACUACGCCAAUAGACAUUGCCACCUGGCGCCGCGACACGUCCACGAAGUAUCCGACCUUUGCGCCUUCUCCAUCACAGAGCAGCGGGGUACCUGUGUCCACCGAGUCCCUGGCAGAGAGCAUCAAACCUCUGCCGGCGAGGCCAAACUACCACUCGACGGAGAUUCCGGCGAGCCACUCGAAUCAGGCGGGCUCCAUGAGCCCCACACACUCCUCCAUGCCACAGCCUGGUACACCCGCCCCAACGCCUCCCCAGACGCCACAGCAGCGCCCGAAGAAGCUACAGUACCAGACUGACCCUACGCGGCCCUUCGUGUUCCCGUAUUCGCAGUCUCUGCAGGGGUUACCGACCAGCCUUGUUCCCUACGCAAUUGAGGAGGCCGACAAGCUCUACAACUCGCACCUCUUUGUCUCACUGGGGCUGUAUCAGCUGUGGGAGGCGCGCGAAGAGUGCUUGAGGGAAGAGCGAGGCUUGGGUCGAUCAGGUCUUAUUGGUUUCUCCAGCUUGCGUCUGGAUGACGACGAGGAUGAGGCAGCUGAGGAGGCCAUGCGCCGCGACUGGCAGUUCGGAGAGGAGGAAAUGAAGGCUGAGGCCAAGGGCGAUAUCGAAGGCGUCAAGCUCGCGAAGGAAAAGCGGGCAGCAGCACGGCGGCUACACCGUGUUGAAAUCCUCUACCGUUCCAUGCUCCCAGCGAUGCAGAACACUGUGAUAGUGUUGCUCAAAUUGCUCCUGGCCACCGUGACUGGCCACGGGAAUCAGCCUCCACACCUCGCCCAGAGCAUGGAGGGGCAAGUCUCAUCGCCGACGCAAGACAUGCCGCAACCUGUCAUUCCCCCGCCAACAGAAGAGGAGAUUGAUGUCUCACGCCACCGCGAAAUCACAUCCAAGGCGGUCUCGGCCAUUAUCCUGCUGCUACUGAAGUGGUUCAAGGCAUCACACAUCCUCAAGUUCCACCACCUCACGUCGCUGCUUCUUGACUCGAACUGCCUCGUUCUUGUCCUCAAGAUCUUUAAUUUGCAGGAGACCUCGCAGAUGGUUCAGUCUCAGAACGAGGUCCCCGGACGGGCUUUCUUCAGAUACCUGCAUUCCCGCGGUCCUGACGCCGAUAGGCUGGUGGACGAGGCUUUGGACGCGAGGAAGGCGGCGAACAAUGCUGAAGAACUCGAGGGAGUCGUAGGAGAGAAUGGCGAGGAGGUCGAGGUUGUACAUGACUACUCGUGGCGCAAUUUCUUCGCGGCCAUCAACCUCGUCAAGAUCUUGCAAAAGAUCACCAAGCACCGCACACAUCGCAUCCUACUCAUGUGCCAGUACAAGAGCAGUUCCAUUCUCAAGCGCGUGCUGCGCGUCAAUCAACCGAUGCUCCAGCUCCAGGUGCUCAAGCUCAUCAAGUCGCAUGUUGUUUACUGUGGGCGAAAGUGGCGAUCAACCAACAUGAAGAUUAUCACCUCGAUUUACCUCAAUUGCCGACCGGAGCUGCGUAACGACUGGCUUGUGGGAGUCGAGGCUGAUCUCGAGGCCGAAGAUCAGAUGGUCGGAAAACCGCAGGAGCUCGCCCUCCGCUCCCUCAUCGCCUUCUACAACAAGCGACACUACGCGGCCCACCUCAUUCCGCCAGGUUCUGCUUUGGAGCCCGCUCACCGCCGGACUGACUCCACGAGCGGCGUCAUGUUCGAAGACCAUAAUCUGCUGGCGAGUCGGCGCCGUUCCCGCCUCGACUCGCUCUCCUCGUCCGAACAUGACCUAUUCCCGCCGAAUCGCACGUCGACCGACAUGUCGUACAACCCCGACGGCAUGAUCGAGUUCUGGAUGCACGAGUACGAGGACGUAAUGCGCGAAGUCUUCGGCGAGGGCACAAGCGAGGACGACUGGGACGAGUACGGCAAGGUGCGGCCUGACGUGUCGCCUGGCGCGCCGGGUCCCGCUGCACGCGACGACGCCGCGUGGAUCCGCCUGGGGGAGCUGAUGCGCCGCGGCGACGACGACGCCAUCUCGGACUCGGAGAGCGUUGUGUCGGUCGGCGAGCUGGGCGAGGACGCGCGCCUCGAGGCCGAGGAGGAGGGGCGGAGCAUGUUUGCUGCGAUGCAGGAGCGCAAAACGCGGCGGCCCAGCGAGGACGAGAACACAUGGGAGAACAUGUCGCCCACGCUCAAGCUGUUACCUCGCAGCCCUACGGACCGGCGGCGCUCGAGCUCGGGCGGCUCGCCGCUGCGGCCCGUCAUGGGGCUCGGGCCGAUGAGCGACGAUCUUGGCGAUGUCUUUGAAGAAGACAUGGAGCUACCGGGGCCCAUGCCAAUCAACACGGGGACGCGGGAUGAGAUAGAGCGCGAGCACUCGGCUGUUGACGAGGUCGAGUACCUCUUUAACGAAUAGAUCGCGGGGAGAGGUUGUCAAUGUGUGUAUUGCAUCGCAUGGUAGGAUAGAUAAUCCCGUGGCUGGUCGUCAUCAGUUU